UUUGAAGAUGAGUUCUGGAAGACUGCGCGAUAAAGAUGACUCAUAUCAUGUAAAUCUGGAUCCACCAUUACACGAUACCAAAAUUAAAGAUUAUUCAGCGCAAAAACGAGAUCUACUAAAAUAUAACAAACGGCUUUUAGCUUCAAUUGUUGUGUUUUCAUUAAUAGUAUAUUCACGGCUUAUACUUACAUCUAUGGACGACUUCAACUUCAACCACUUCCCCUUCCGAAGUUCCCAUUCUGCUUUUAUUGGUAGAUAUUUUCUAGGGAGCAAGUAUCCAAACGAUAAAGCUAUUGGAUGCUUGCAGUUUUUUGAUGUUGAUGAUGCCAGUGAAAUUAGGUGGGAGCGAGAUGUUAACAGUAGACAUGGACUAAAGAUUGCUAUGAACAAUGAUAAAGUGCAUAUGAUAUCUGGUGAUGUUAUAUUGAAGCAUGAACUGUAUCCAAAAGCUCAGGUUUUAAUGAUGGGAAAACCUGCAUCCAAUAACAGUGAUAUCACUUUAAAAGAGUGGUUGCUGGAAGUGAUUGAAGGAGAAAAAGGAAUUCGGCUUCACAUUCAUUCUUCUGAAGCACUACAUAGUUUUUUUGUCGUUUUGAGUGAUAUUAAUGUGAUGAAUCCAAUAAAUUUUCCAGUCUGGAUUCACGCUGAUGUUUUACAGGGACCUUUUGGAGAAAAGCCUUCAGUAGAUAUGAGAGAUUUUAUCUCGGCACAAAAAAAAUUCUUUCCAAGAUGUACAUUGUCAUUUGGCUGGACUACUGGAAGUCACAGUGACCUAAGUCAAAGUGCCUACUCUUGGGACACAGUCUGGGAUAUGCUAGACUUAAUCAACUGUAAAAAUGUCCAAAAUGAAAUAGUUUUUCAGGCUCGACUGUCACUUGUUCACAAUUCAGUUCCACAACUAAAAUGGCUGGUUGAUAAUGUCAAGUCCUCAAGCCUGAUGGUCUGGCAUGAAGAAGGAGAUUCUGUUGUGAAUGAAGACGUCAUGUACAUAUCCUACAAGUUCCCACCCAAUACAGUAUAUUUCAAUCUCAACCAUGACCGGUUUCAGCUGUUGUUUAAUAAUUAUAGACAUUUCUCAAAAGACAAAGUUGAUCCCCAUGUCUUAAUUAAAGACCAACGUGUCUUUAAGCUUGAAGACUGGUGGAAAAUGGGAUUUUACCUGCAAAAUAAUUCAGUCCUUCCUAGUACAGAAUCUAUCAUUAUUACAUCUCCGAAUGUUUCCUUAAUGUCAGAGUCAACACUUUGGCCUUCCUCUAAUGAAAGUAUUCAAGGCAGGAUCAUUUUCUUCAACAGAAAUAAUUGUGAAAGUGUAAGUCUUGUCACUGGACUCAAUAUUUAUGUCUCUCUCUUACACUAUGGGGAUGACAGAUCUACUAAUAGCGUAGGCAUUCGUUGCUUCAUUGGCAUUGGGGGUGAGAUAGAGGUUGCUGGUGUUAAUUUACCAGACAGUAUAGACAAUUUUGGACAAGCUGCAAGAGUUACCCCAACCCCUACAAACUGCUAUCGUUUUAAAAUUGUUAACGAAGGAGCAAAAAUUAUUUUCUGGGUGACUUCCCUCCACGAUUGUACAACUUUAGAAAGUGUGUCAGAACCUGAGCCCUUGACCCCUCUGUUAACAGUUCCCAUUCCUGCUGACGUGUUUAGUAGAGCGCCAUAUCUGUUUAGUUUAAAAAUGGAAGAUGUCAGAUGUCAGGUUCUUAUCGAUGAAUUGAGAGUUAAUAAGGAACUCAAAUUUUAAUUUUGUAAUGAAAAUGUGCUUUUUGAUUCUAUCGCUGUGGUGGGUUUUUUAAAGCGACUUUUAUCAUAGAAAUGUAUCUAUUGCUCUUAAAUAGUAGCAUAUGUAGAAAUCACGCAAGUUCACAGCAAAGGUAUUGAAUUUUUGUUUCACGCCAAUUUUAAAAUUUCACCUUUUUAUGUUUCAUAUAGCAGUACAGGUAUAUGGAUUUUAUUUUUGUAGUUUUAAGCAGGUUUUCUGAUUUUUUUUGUUGUUGUUGCUUUUUAUUUUUUGGAGCUGUCCAAUAUUCACUUGCCUUCUGAAAUUUACUGCAUGUAAAGGGAAAAAAGUAUCCCUCUAAAAAUUGGGCACGAUAUGGCCCAAAUUGUGGCUGGUGUGCCAGAAAUCCAAAAUCCAAAUCCCUCUUUAAAAAAAAGAAAAUCAUAAUACCUGAUACAGUUGAUCAAUUAUUUGCAUAAUAUUUAUUCGUAUGAUCCGUGUCACAGUAUCUUUACUAUGCAUUAGAUUUUUAUGUAUGUUUGAGUAACAUAACAAAAUCUUAGACGGACUUAAUGAUAGAGGUGCACACUUUACAUGGAUAUUAUUCAAAUGGACAUGCAUAUAUACUUUAAUUGACAUAGAUAUACCUUAGUGGGACAUGGAUAUAUAUAUAUAUAUACUUUUGUGGUGUUUUUUUUUUUAGUAUUGAGGGAUUUCAUUGAAUUGUAUUAGUCUCUCAAUUCAACAUUACACUUGAGCACAGAUAAACCACAAGCUUUACUGCAUUCAAGAAGAACAUUAAGACCUACAUGUUCAAAACAUAUUGAGAUUACAAGUUUGAUAUUUCAAGUUUUGUUGUUAAUUUUUAUUAUGUUCUCAUUAUAUGGAAAGACAAAGGCUUAGCCCUCAACACCAAAAUCAGACUGAUGCAUUCCCUAGUCAUGGCCACAUUUUUAUAUGCUUGUGAGUCUUGGACGCUGACUGCAGAGUUAGAGAGGAGGAUCCUAGCAAUGGAAUUGAGAUGCUACAGAAGGAUCCUAGGUAUCACAAACCAAGUGAUUAGAGACAUGGACAUGCUAUCAUAAUAAAAUGCAAGCUAUAAAUCUAUGGCCAUAUUACAAGGUCUUCGUGGCCCGCAAAAACCUUCCUUCAGGGAACAGUACCAAGAAAAAGAAGACAGAGAAAGUGAUGGGAAGACAACAUAAAAGAAUGGACGGGCCUGCCAUUGAAAGAGCUUCUAACUAAGGCAAAAGACAGAGAGGAAUGGAAAAAGAUGGUCGUCAAAUCUUUCAUGGUGCCCUAACUGUCCAACAGAUUAAGGGAUAGGAAAAAAAAAGUUUAAAAAAUGUUCUCAAAGCACUCUGAGUUUGCAUUAUGUUUGUCAAUUAUUAUUGCUAUUUUUUAAUUAUGUACUUAAGUGACACAUUUAUAAGUUCAUUCGAAGAUGUAAGUCCUUUUAAACUUCAUCCAAAGAAAAAUAAUAUAAACCUAAACGUGAGAAUGAACUUGAAAUUACCUAAGAUGAAUACAAAAUAAAUUGAAAGAUAUUAAUACAAUUCAUUGAUAUUAAAGUAAGCUCAUUUUUUAUACUGACUGUAUGAACUAAUCAAAAAAUGAUAUUGAUAUGUGCCAUGAUCUUUCUUUUAUAGCAUUUCAAAAACACAGGAUAUAUAUGAUACUUGACUCUUUCUUUGAAUUUUCUUUCAAAUAUUUUUCCCUGCCAUCAAGUAUGUUUAUUUACAAAACAACUGAUCAAGGUCUCAACUUGAAGCUCUGCUGGUCAUCUGCAAUGUACAUUUUUUUCUCUUUUGUGACCCAGUGUGUUAACCUAUAUUAAUUUAAUGCUGCUCCACAACAGGCCAAGAUUUGUAACACUAUUCUUUGAGUUGAAAAUGUCAAUGGAUGUUUCUCAUUUGAAGUCCAGAUUUUUAGUAAGAAUAUGCUUUUGUUACAUGUUAUGCUUUAGUUGUGACCAUAAGAUGGUACCAUAGUGCUUAAAAAUACUUAUAUCUAUGUGACUGUAGAUAAAUGACAAGCAUUCCAAAAGUAAAACAGAAAAACUAUUGUCAGCCCACAGUCAUAUACCGGUAUAAUAAAGCUAUAAAAAAGAAAACUCUUUUUUAGAAUAAAUUUUUAUAAUGGUUACAAUCUCAAAUUCAUGUCUGUUUCAGUUGUUGCAAACAAUGUUUGAACUUUUAUAUAUUUUUGUAAAUAUAUAGAUCUAUCUAUAAUAAGAGCUUUCAGAAUAUAUAUUAUUUUAUAUAUAUAUUUAAAAAUAAAUUUUACACAUUUUUACAAAGAA